AGAUGUCCUGAAAUCCUUGAAGAAGCAAGUCAAACAUGCAGAGAAGCUAUUACAGCACCAUGGAUCCUGAGAUACGCAUUGUUUUAGUUGGUAAAACAGGAGUCGGAAAGAGCGCUACAGGAAACACCAUUCUUGGCGAAAAAGCUUUCAAUUCAGAAGCAAGAGCAACAUCCAUCACUAAAGAAUGCUCACGUGAAUCACGGAUGAUAGACAGAAAGCAGGUUUCGAUUGUGGACACUCCUGGGCUUUAUGAUACUCACCUGUCCAAUGAACAAGUCAUAACUGAAGUUGUGAACUGCAUUAGACUUGCGACUCCAGGUCCUCAUGUCUUUCUUCUCAUAAUUGCCAUCGGACGCUUUACUAAAGAGGAGAAGAAAACUGUUGAACUCAUUCAGAAAGUCUUUGGGCAGCAAGUGCACAGACACAUGAUGAUUUUAUUCACCAGAGCUGAUGAUCUUGAAGACAGGACACUGGAGGAUUUCAUUGAAGAAGCUCCAGAGCUUAGAGAAGUAAUAGAGGCGUGCUCAGGGAGAUUUCAUAUGUUAAAUAAUCGAGAAAAAAGAGACAGAGCGCAAGUCGAUGAACUUUUACGGAAGAUUGUGGUCAUGAUAAAACAGAAUCAGAACAGCUAUUAUAACUACCACAUGUUUGAGAUGGCCAAUGAACUCAACAAUGUGAGGAAAACUGCCAAGGAAAAGGAUCAAAUCAUUGACGAAUUGAAGAAGGAGUUAAGGAAGAUUCAAAAAGACACUGACAAGUCAUUUUGCUGCAUAUUGUAGGACUGUCAACAAAAUAUUCCAAUAGUGAACAGUGUUACAAUCAAGUUUGGUCCAAUCAUUUUUUUUUAUUUUAAAUAUAUAAAGUAUUACUUUUUAAUUACCUGGUUAUAAAAGUAUAGAAAUUUAGUUUAAUUAUUUGCAUCUAGUGUGUUAUUGGUCUUGUUUUUGAUCCUUUUUUUAUAUAUAUUUUGUCUAUUUAAUUUAGAUUUGUAAUGAUGUUUUUGUUUUUGUUGUAAUUGUAAUUAUUAUUACUAUUAACAUUAAUAAUAAUAAUAUUUUUAAUAAUAUUAUUAUUAUUAUUUUAAUAAUAUUAUUUAAUAUUUAUUAUUAUUAUUAUGUGUGGCUAAAAAUUUAAGUUCAACGCCAAAGUUUAACAUUUGACUUCUUUGUCCUUUGUCUACUGUCCUAGUUUUUCCUAAAACAGAUUAUUCAUUUAAACUUUCUAUAAUAACAACAACAAACAACAACAACAACAACAAACGACUGAAAUUUACUGGAACAAUAAAAUCACUGAACUUUAAAAUGUGACAUGAUAUGGAGUUAUAUGAUAUGACUUAAAAUGCACUGUGUAGUAAAAGCUAGUUAAAGCUC